UGAAAAAACAAUUCGAAGUAAAUCCGGUAUCGACAAGGGUCGAAAUAGGUCACCAAAUGGAACUGCGUUGUGUUCCGCCAACUGGAUUACCACCCCCUCAUGUUUAUUGGCAACGUGGUGGACAACUGCUGCUACCCGAUACCGAUGUACUUGUCUCGACCGAAGGGCAUUUAUUAAUCGGACAAGCCAGGGCUCAGGAUACGGGAAAUUAUACAUGCGUAGCCGAAAAUAUCGCCGCGAAACGAACCGCCUCCCCGGCCCAAAUUACGGUUUACGUUAAUGGGGGUUGGUCGCAGUGGUCGGCGUGGGCCGACUGUCGCUGUCCAGGUUCCGCUUUGGCGACGGGGCAGAAAAGAACUCGGACGUGCACAAAUCCGGCCCCUCACAAUGGUGGGCAGCAGUGCCAAGGGGUUAGCGUGCAGAGGACAAAGGACUGUCAAACUUGUCCCCAAGAAGAACUGGUAGUGGAUACGACUUACGAAUUUGACGACUUCGAGUCGUCCUAUGUGUUCAUUCAUUUAGCCGAACCCGCACGCUGGUCUGCAUGGUCCGAGUGGUCAGAUUGCAGUUCAGAUUGCAUGCGAACCAGGCGGCGUCAGUGUAUCACUGUUUCCGGUCAGCAACGUAAGCAAUGCAACGGUCGGGAGACCCAAACAACACCCUGCUCGUCAGAACGAUGCCCCUCGACGCAACUGGCGGGAAUUAGAGAAGCAAAUCUGGCCGAUACACAAGCAGAUUUAGCCCUUUACAUCGGACUUACGGUUGCAAUAUUUCUUGUGACUUUGUUAUCCUUCUUUCUUGUGAGAUUUUAUCGUAAAAAGGGACAUCAUCAAUCCUUGUAUAAUAUGGCAGCUAACGAAUACCACCCAGAGUUCUUUCCGGAGCACGACAAAAAAUCCCUAUCGCUGCAGCCAGAUUUGACGCAGACAGUGCCCCCUUGCUACGAGUACCCAUAUACUACCCCUGCUACCUCAGUUACGCGUUCUGUAUCAGAACAUCAUUACGAUGUACCCCAUUUAACAUCUGCGAGUGAUAUACAGAUGUCACCAGCGACAAGUUCGACGCUGGAGUCGUCGAGUGGGAAAAGGAGCCAAUUGAGUGGUCUCACUAAUAACUCCGAUUCAACCUACGAAGUAGCGACGGAAUCUGUAACGCUACCGCUUCCUGCGUUACCGGCAGCUUACGCCGUCACCCCGGCGACGUCAGGAAACUAUACGAGCGCCACAGUGACGCACAUCGGCGCCUAUCUGAACCUACCCGAAAGCUGCGUCAGUCUCCUAAUCCCAGAUGGCGCCGUUUCAAGAACGCGAAAGCACGACAUAUUUCUGUCAAUACUGAACGAAGACUGUUUUCGACCAAAACUUGCCGAAAAUAUUACGCAACUUAGCCCGGUCGUCUCUUGCGGCCCUAAUAUUACAAUAAACAAGGCUGUCGUAUUAAAGUUACCCCAUUGCGCCGACUUGGCAAUGCACAAUUGGUCAAUUUCGAUCCUCCAAAGUGAUUGCAGUGACUCUCAAUGGCAAACGGCGGUUACGUUGGGACAAGAAACGAUUAAUACUGAAGUCUUCUGUCAAUUAGAUAACGACGCCCUUUAUUUAGUUACCGAUUCCCUUUCGCGAUACGUCGCUGUUGGCCAUUCCGUCAACGGAUUUGCGGUUAAGCGACUGAAGCUCGCAGUAUUCGCCCCUAAGUUAUGUUUUCAAUCCUCAGCCGAUUAUAGUGUGAGAGUGUACGUUCUUGAAGACACGGAUAGCUCGAUGGAGACCGUUUUCGGGCAAGAAAAGAGAUUGGGUGGUUUUCUCAUGGACGAACCGCGCGUUAUUCACCUGCAGGACGGCGGAAAUAAUCUCUGUUUAACUGUGGAGGGCAUAAGCGAGGGUUGGAAGGCGAAACCGAGCUCGGACUACCAAGAGAUUCCCUUCCGCCAUUUGUGGCAAGCCAACAGUAACAGCUUGCACUGUUCCUUCACUCUAGAAGCCUACGAAAUGAACCCCAACUUGAGCUUCACCAUCAUUGUUAACCAAAAGGGCUUUAAUAACCACCAAACCUUUCGUGUGUCCUGUAAGGACGACAACAAUUUCACGCAUAGGACCAGUUCUCCAUUUGUGCCAAAAAUCGUAAUACCGACUGACUCGCCUCGUUCGACCGUCGAAUCGAAUAAGUCGUCCAAGCAUGACGAUCACACGAAUACCCCUAAAAGUGCCAAAAGUUUUAAAUUAGCGACGCAAGACGAUGCGGUUUCGUCGAAGCUGGCGAAAAACUUGAUUCUGACCGACAGAGGCGUUUCAACCUGCGAUGACUUCUCAUUUAGGCUAAACCGGCAGGUGAAGAAGCACAUAUGUCAGUGCUUAGAUCCCCCAAAUGCAAGGGGCAACGACUGGCGCAUGCUGGCGCACGCUUUAUCUGUUGAUAGGUAUAUUAAUUAUUUUGCAACUAAGCCUUCGCCUACUGAAUGUAUAUUAGAUCUAUGGGAGGCGAGGAAUAGGCAGAGUAACGCGUUGACUGAACUGGUUAAAAUUUUUAGGGAUAUGGAGAGAUACGAUGCAGCUUCUAUUUUAGAUAAUAGCUUAGGUCCCAACUGGUUAUAAAUAAUUAUUUUGUGAUUAGCUUGUAAGUGUUUUGUUAUUUGUAUAUAUGCAUAAAAGUAAAAGAGGUACGAGUUGAUGCAGGAUGUUGUUUAACAUGAUGAUGUUUGUUAUAUUUGUAACUCUGUGAUCCACGCCAGAAGAGCAAUUCGAAUGUGAUGUUGCUAAAAAUAUUUAAGGAGAGAAGAUGUUCUAGACUGUUCACUUUCAUCUUAGCACACAACUCACUUUGACCACUGCAUCAUUAUUAUUAUUUUCCCAUGGUCGCCGUUGGCGAUGGAGACGACAGUUAAUUUUGGACGAGUCGCUCUUCUGUAAUGGCCUACAGAGAAGUUAUGUGAAAUUGUUUAAUUUUUGAAUAGGGGACCACGGGACCUUUAGAAAUCGUGCAAUUCGUGGUUUCAAUGGAAACAGGAACACUUGUUAUAUAAGGCACUUAAUAUGCUACUGUAACUAUUGAUGUAUUAUAUAAAAGUAGAAUUAUUAAUGAAGAUGCGGCAUUUAUUAAACGAAAAACCACACGUACUAAAUGUAAAUGUAGAGUUUUAUACAAGAUAAAUCAAAAGUAGUUUUUUUAGAAAUAUAUAUAGACUAUUUGUACAGACUAUAUUAUUAUAUAAGUUGCGAAUAGACGGAGUUUUUACGUUGAAAAUGUACGAUGUAUUUUAGAAAUAUAUUUAAACGUGUAUAUAGUGUCAAACAAAAAAAUACA